AUGGCGACCAAUUUGCCGCCAUGUGUGAUAAGUAACCGUGAUCCAGUCAGCGUGUUAAUGGAACAUGGUCAAACAAGGGAAGUAACUGUUGAUUUUACGGAAUGUACGCGAACAGGUCCUGCGCACAAUUCUAGAUUCCACACGGCUGCCCUUGUUAACGGAAAGAGAUUCGCCGAGGGUCACGGGACUUCCAAGAAAAAUGCCAAAAAGAUAGCUGCCGAGUUAGCGUUAGAUAGAUUGUAUAAAGUGGCCAGUAGAAAUCUAUCUGGUGCUAAUGAACUAGUGGCUGAUCGAAUUGAAAACAACGAAGACGAGAAUGCUAAUGACGAACCUCUUUCUCCGGCCCAGAAGAUCAAGGCGAUGGCUAAAGGUGUUUUUGAACUGGCGGAGGAAACUCAGAUGAUUUAUUACUGUAAGGAGAAGGUGGUCGCUAGUUUUUUAAUGGAACGUUGUGGUCAGAUUACUGUGGUAGCAUUAGGAACAGGUAACCGAAGUGUCUUAUAUCAGAAUUUAAAAACUGAUGGAACAUGUAUUUUACAAGCUCAUGCUGAAAUAGUCGCUAGACGAUCUUUUAUCAGAUUUUUGUACAACGAAUUGAACCGUUUUAUUGACUGUGAGACGGAUGCUAUAUUUACACUGGGUACAUCCGGGCGGUUACAGCUAUUAGACAGUGUUAAAUUUCAUCUUUAUAUCAGCCGACCACCGUGUGGGGAUGCUUCGGCUUUCCCUACAAUAGGGAGUAAAGAUGUUCGUAGUAAAGCUUUAAGAAAACAAGGAGUAUUAAGAACAUUGGUAGCUGAUGGUGAGGGAGCUAUACCUACAGAUUCUAUCCUACCCGCGGGACAUAACGGUGAAGAGAGACUGCGAGUAAUGACGUGUAGUGAUAAGAUCUGUAGAUGGAAUGUUGUUGGUGUACAGGGGGCGCUAUUAUCUCAUCUUAUUGAACCUAUAUAUCUCUCUAAAGUUGUUAUAGGUAGUUAUUCGGGCGAUCAAAAAGAACAUGUCCCACGAGCUUUAUUUGGUCGUUUACAAACUGGAACGCUGGAAGAAAAGAUCUACAAUCCUUACGUGGUGAAUGAACCUAGUCUCUAUUAUCCAGAAGAUCACGAUCUCGACAAUUAUGCCUUAAAUAAAUCUCGCCAGUACAGUGUGGUAUGGACCUUAGGGGACGACGGUGUGGAAGUUAUUGAUGGAAUCUUCGGUAUCAAGAUCUCCGGACCUACUGACAUGCCGUAUUCCGCCAUCAGCAAAAAACAUUUCUUCACCUUAUUCCACGAACUGUGUCAAAAGUUUGGACGUCGCGAUCUCCUCGGCAAAUCUUAUUUACAAAUAAAAGACAAAGCUUCCGAAUACCGCCGAAACCAGGACGUUCUGUAUCAACAUUUUGUGUCCAAGAAACUUGGAACGUGGUGCUCGGUGUCUGAAAAUUAUGACGUGGAUAACUUCUAUUUAUAG